AUACUAGGGUUUUGCUGCUCCGCCGCACGCAUCCUCCAGCCGUCGCCGCCGCCCCAUCUCGUUCCCAUGGCGCUGCCGAACCAGGGGACCGUCGACUACCCCAGCUUCAAGCUCGUCAUCGUCGGCGAUGGCGGGACUGGUAAAACCACCUUUGUGAAGAGGCAUCUCACUGGAGAGUUUGAGAAGAAAUACGAACCAACCAUUGGUGUUGAAGUUCACCCAUUGGAUUUCACCACCAACUGUGGAAAGAUUCGUUUCUACUGCUGGGACACUGCUGGGCAAGAGAAGUUUGGUGGCCUUAGGGAUGGAUACUAUAUCCAUGGUCAGUGUGCGAUCAUUAUGUUUGAUGUCACUUCAAGGCUGACUUACAAGAAUGUUCCGACAUGGCACAGAGACUUGUGCAGGGUGUGUGAGAACAUCCCCAUUGUUCUCUGCGGUAACAAGGUUGAUGUGAAGAACAGGCAGGUUAAGGCCAAGCAAGUCACAUUCCACAGGAAGAAGAACCUGCAGUACUAUGAAAUCUCUGCCAAGAGCAACUACAACUUUGAGAAGCCCUUCCUCUACCUUGCGAGGAAGUUGGCUGGUGAUGCCAACAUUCAUUUUGUUGAAGCCGUGGCUCUCAAGCCUCCGGAAGUUACCUUCGACUUGGCCAUGCAGCAACAGCACGAGGCUGAGCUUGCCGCGGCAGCAGCGCAACCACUGCCUGAUGACGAUGACGAUCUGAUCGAGUAGAGAGGAUCAUGAGUCUUUACUUUGAGACGAAGAUUGUGCUUCGUACAAGAGUGUCACUUUUAGGUUGAAGAAGGCUUGAUAGAGUCAAGCCGGAAUGUUUUUCCUGGGUUGAAAACUCUUGUGUGUGACAUUGAUCUACAUGUUUGCCAUGGAUUUGUUGUUGGCCAUAUUGCUGUGUUACUUAAUGGUUCAUCAGUAUUAUUA